UAGCUUCUGCACAUUCACUUUUAUUUCUUUCUUAGCACAUAGCCAACCUACAAACACCCACUAAGAAGAAGAAACACCAAACAAAAUAUGGCAGCCUCACUGCAAGCAGCAGCUACACUUAUGCAACCAACUAAGGUUGGCGGUGUUCCUUCUUCCAGGGCUACCCUUCAACUUAGAUCUUCUCAAAGUGUUUCCAAGGCUUUUGGGUUGGAGCCAGCUAGUGCUAGGAUCACUUGCUCUUUGCAAUCCGACCUUAAGGAUUUGGCUCAAAAGUGUGUUGAUGCUACUAAGAUUGCUGGUUUUGCUCUUGCUACUUCUGCUCUCGUCGUCUCGGGAGCAAGUGCUGAGGGAGUUCCAAAGAGGCUAACCUUUGAUGAAAUCCAAAGCAAAACAUACAUGGAAGUUAAAGGAACAGGAACGGCUAACCAGUGCCCAACAAUUGAUGGUGGACUAGACAAAUUUUCAUUCAAAGCAGGCAAAUACAAUGCAAAGAAAUUCUGCCUAGAGCCAACCUCAUUCACAGUCAAAGCAGAAAGUGUAAACAAGAAUGCACCACCUGAAUUCCAAAACACUAAACUAAUGACACGUUUAACCUACACUCUCGACGAAAUUGAAGGACCCUUCGAAGUCGGUCCUGAUGGAACUGUCAAAUUUGAAGAGAAAGAUGGUAUUGAUUAUGCUGCUGUGACAGUGCAAUUGCCUGGAGGAGAACGUGUGCCUUUCCUUUUCACUAUCAAACAGUUGGUUGCAACAGGCAAACCUGAAAGCUUUAGUGGAGAAUUUCUUGUACCAUCAUACCGUGGAUCAUCAUUCUUGGACCCAAAGGGAAGAGGUGGAUCGACAGGUUAUGACAAUGCAGUUGCAUUGCCUGCUGGAGGCAGAGGAGAUGAGGAGGAGCUAGCUAAGGAAAAUACUAAGAAUGCUGCUUCAUCAGUAGGCAAAAUUACCCUAAGUGUUACCGGAAGUAAGCCUGAGACUGGAGAAAUUAUCGGUGUGUUUGAGAGUGUUCAGCCAUCUGAUACUGAUUUGGGAGCAAAAACUCCAAAGGAUGUGAAGAUCCAGGGUAUAUGGUACGCUCAGCUUGAGUCAUAGAGCGGUAGAGCUCUUUUUCUUUCUUUUCUAAGAAAAAACCUUUGUGUAUUAAUAUUCUUGGUUCAGAUUUUGCUAUAUGUUGAAGGUGUUUGCUAAGCUUUUCUAUGACCCAAUUGAGAUGCUCAACCACUGUUAUCAUGUAUAUUAGUAUUAUUAUUGUCA